CGUCCCCGUCUCCAUCUCUCAGCCGUCUCCAUCUCGGCCUCUCCUCUCGGUCUCCGUCCUCCUCAGCGACGGCAGCUGCCCCCUCUCUCCCCAGGACCGCGACGCCCUCUUGGCGAUGGUGAGGAGGAUGCUGAGGAUAUCGGAGGAGAACGACCGGGUGAUCAGAGAAUUCCACGAGGCGUGCGGUCCGGGGGCGAAGGAGGGGGGAUUUGGUCGGGUGUUUAGGUCCCCGACGCUGUUUGAGGACAUGGUCAAGUGCAUUCUCCUCUGCAACUGCACAUGGCCAAGGACUCUAUCCAUGGCUAGAGCUUUGUGUGAGCUUCAGCUAGAAAUGCAGUCUCAUUCAACUUCUGAAGUUUUCCAUCCACAGACACCUCAGCCAAGAGAACUAAAGAGAAAACGUGCAAGGGGAAAGAAGACAGUCCUAACCUUAGAAGCCAAGUUUACGAACAACGAAGCCAAAUCGUCAGAAGAAGCAAACUUGGUGAUCAAGAACGAUCAUCAACCUGAGCAUCCUCAAGGGAAUGAAGCUUGUGAAAGUAUUCUCUCAGAUACAGGGGACUUCAGCAACAUCAUUGGAGAUUUUCCUACUCCAGAGGAAUUGGCAAACCUUGAUCCGCAAUUUCUGGCCAAGAGAUGUGGGGUUGGAUACAGAGCACGACGCAUAAUUUCUCUUGCUAAGAGUAUUGUGGACGGGACUCUGCGACUGAGAGAUCUCGAGCAAGUAUGUGAUGGAUGUGUAUCAUCUAGUUAUGAAGAGCUGGACAAACAAUUGGCUGGUAUCAAUGGCUUCGGUCCUUUCACCCGAGCAAAUGUUCUAAUGUGCAUGGGCUUUUAUGAGAAAAUUCCAGCUGACACUGAAACACUGCGGCAUCUGAGAAUGGUUCAUGGUCGGAGUUGCACCAUGAAAUCAGUUCAGAAGGAUUUGGAGGCAGUUUAUGGCAAGUACGGGAGGUUUCAAUUCUUGGCAUACUGGUCUGAGCUGUGGGAUUACUAUGAAACGAGGUUUGGUAAUUUCAGUGAGAUGUCAGCCUGUGAUUACCCGUUAUUCACUGCAGCCAACAUGAGGAAGAAGGUUUCAAAAAGAAAGCAUAUGAACUGAUGACAUCUGCUGAUGUUGUGUUGUAGGCUAUUAGAUUCUCAGAGUUUUCAGAUUGUUCUUCAGACCUGAGCGACGUGGUGAAUUAUUUACUGAAUUAUUUAAAUCCUCUAAAAUCAACCUGCAAUUCUCAGAGCUUAUAUACGGCCGCCUGGUGGUUUAGCAAGCAAAAAAAAAUCCGAGGAACAAGAAUGAGAAGGAAACUGGCGUCACCCCUCCCCCUCCUCCUCCGCCCCUUCUCCUCCUCCACCACCA